AUGGGAGAGUUCCAACCUUGCGGUCGGCCAACAAACGUUGAGCUGUUUUCUAUCCAGGACAAAACCGUCAUUGCAACGGGCAUUACAGGCGGAAUCGGCUUCGAAAUGGCACAAACACUGGCAGAAGCCGGUGCGCACAUCGUCGCAAUCCAUUUGCCGGACGAUUCAAACACAGAAUUGCUUGGGCAAACCAUUAGGAGCCUUAACCGCCAAUUCCAUGCGUUCGGAUGUGACGUCUCAGACAGCGCCGGACUACGCAGCACGUUUGACAACAUCUGGAAGUCUGGAAUUCAGCCGGAUAUUCUCCUCAACUGUGCUGGUUUCAACAAACGCGCACCAAUAGAGGACAUUGAAGAUGAAUGGAUCGACAAGAUAUUUGCUAUCAACCUCAAAGCAAGCUAUGUUGCGAGUCAAGAAUUUGCGAAACAACUCAGGCGACUCGACCAUCGACCGGGCAAGAUUAUUAAUAUUGGAUCAGUCACCUCGUUCAAGGGGAUGUACAAUGUUUCACCGUAUGCAUGCUCAAAGGGUGGUGUAUUGCAAAUGACAAAGGCCUUUAGUAAUGAACUGGCGCUAAUGCAAGAUAAGCCAUACAAUGACUACAUCAUUGAGAGAACUCCGGCGAGAAGAUGGGGAACACCGCAGGAUUUGCGAGGUGUGCUAUUAUUCUUGGCUAGCCCAGCCAGUGACUUUGUAACAGGAACAAGCAUAUCAGUCGACGGGGGAAUGACAGGCCAGUGA